UUUCAUUUUGUGUGCAUAUUUUAUUCUAUCCUAGGUAACAGAAUAUACAUUUAUGUACAAUCUAUUUCAUUCACAAUAUAGUUACCCCAAAUUCUCGCGUUUGUUGUGGUGUUCGGACCGGUAUUUUACAACUCUUUGGUUCUUAACGCCAAAUCCGGCUUAGUUCCGCAAACGUCAACGGGAGUCUCGGCCAAUUAGAGCGCGAGAACAUUUUAAACCUCUGUUGCUGUUCCAGCUCUUGAAACAUCGACGUCUUUCUUGUUUAGUUUACUGAUCAACUGAAACGCUUUAGUUAAUAAACCGUGUAUUAAAAUCUGCCCGUGUGCUGUUAAAGAAUCAAAUCUGCACGAUGGGACCUGAGGAGAUGGAUUGGGUGGAUGUGGCAAACAAUCUUCUGUUGAAAUGUCACACUAGCCUGAGGCUUGAAAAGAUUACAGACUGUGAUGCAAAUGUGUUUGUGGCUUUGUAUGAGGAGAUCUUGGGAGAGAAAGUACCAGAUUUUGUAGAUGCUCAUCGUCAAGAAGAUGACAUUCACAAUGUGCAAUCUGUAGUUGACUCGCUGGCCUUAGACUACCUCCACAUCAGUUUAUCUCACAUCACAGGUGAGAAUAUAGUCAGAGGAGACAAAGAUUCCAUCAGAAAUCUGUUGGAGAUUUUUGAUGGUCUGCUGGAUUACCUAACAGAGCAGCUAAGUGAUGUGGAAGAGCCCAAACAAGGAGAGCUUAAUGGAGAGAUCCAUGCCAGCACUGCAGUUCUUCAGCCUGAGGAACAGGACAGAGAAGAGAUGCAGUCUCUGGCCUCCAGCAUUCACUCUGCAGUCCAGUCUAGCAAACAUUCCCUUCAUUCCUGGAAUGGGGAUGAAUCUGAGUCGACCACAGAACUGAUCCAACUGGGGGAUUCCGCUUGCACAUUCACAGCCAAGCAAGAAGUGUUGGCUGCUGACCUUCCUGUAGUGGAAACCCUAGAGACAGAUGUAGCGAACACCCAGGCCAUCCUCCUGAGAGAACCUCUUCGGCCUGCCAUUGCUCUCCAGCCUCCCUACCAGAGACCUACUCCCUCCUCCAACAUGGCCCUGCCACCCAGAGACCAGGCCAUACAGCAACCAGAAAAUCCACAGCAAGAGAUGGGCAUCACAGAUCCGAGGCCGGAUCUGAUCUGCACCCAGCCAGAUGUGCUGCUUCGGUCACUCAGAGACGAGCUGCGUGAGACGGAGGCAGAGGGACAGAAUGGGCACAGAGAGGAGGAAAACGAGAAGAGAGAGAAAGAGCAAGCUAAUAGAUCACCAGAACUGCAUACAGUCCAUAGAGACAGGAGACAAGGUGCUGGGCUAAAGAGCGAUAGAGAUAAGUCUUUGUCCAUGUGUAGCCAGAGGAAUAAGGAGGCAGAACAAGAACUACAUGACAUGUCGGAGAAACUGUCUCGCCGCCUGGAAGAACUUGAUCUGAUGUUGAAGCGUGUUCUUGGUGAGAUCGGAGAGACAUCAGAGCCUAGAGAGGAAGAUAAACAGUCUUAUUAUAGCGACAGCAUCAUGGAGUGCAGACGCACCCCCAAACCCACAGGUACAUCUCACUCUAGCAGAUAUCCAGGCACACGCUCAUUGUCCCCAUCCCCUCCACUUGCACACCACUCCUUACAGAGAGAGGACACUCUGAUCAUAGACUCACGCAGGACUAAUCACAGCCAGUUGGUGGCUUCAGCCUAUGAAGAUGAACCAAAGCGAUUAGUAGAGCUGGAGAGAGCAGAUCUGACCACUGAGAGACCCAGUGAUCACAAAUCCAGCAUUAAUAAAGAGCAUGAAUACUGUCAGGCUGUGUGUAGAAAAGCUCCAUCUGUUCCCAGUUCCAGCUCCAAAUCAUCUUGUUCUCGAUCCUCCCAGCCCAAACUUCAACAGAUAGCUAGAAGAUGCACACUACCCUGCAAGACAGCAGCCAUGAGAGUGAAGGAGAAUGAUCUUCUCCCCGUUCUGCUGGAGGAGUUUCCACAGGUGCAGCUAUCUCCUCACGCUCUGUCCUGCAUGUGGAAACAACAACUCAGACAGAUCGACCAGCUCAACCGCCCAAAAAAACCGAAAAGACAUACACAAUCCAAACUGUCAAACCAGCUGGAAGAAGCUCAGAAAAGACAUGACAUGCUGGUGCAGAUCAUCCACAAAGAGCAGGAACACAAUUGUCGCCUGAGAGAGUUCAGAGAGAGGAUUCAGCAACAGAAAUCGGCACAGAAUAAGCUCAGAGAACAGCGGCAGCAGGUUGCUCGUGCUAAAAAAUACUACAAUGACUAUCAUGUCCAGCUCCGUGCCAGAUUGAUGCGGGCAAGGACACGAGAAGAGAGAAUGCUUAGGCAGAUCUUUGAGGAUGGAAUGGAGCUACAGAAGGCUCAUCUGAGAGAGCAGCGUGCAUUCGCUAAAGAACUGCGUCAGGACCAACACCACAAACACCAGGACAAGAUUGAGGCCAUGGAGAACUAUUACAGAGACCAAUUUUCUUUAUUGGCCGAAACCCUUGCCCAAGAAAGACACGACAUACAAAUCCGUAAGACAGCCCAGGAGAAGGCUUUGCAGAAAAUGAAGAGAGAAUUGAGGGAUAAGAUGAAAAAAGAGAUCAGCGAGCUGCAGAAGAUCAUUAUUCAGAAUGAUGAUGAUAAUUACUUCAGAGGCUUGGAGGUACAACGCUUACGGAAUCACAUGCAGAUGGCCUCUUUUCUGUACAACACCAGCUGCCUGCACUGAACCCAAAUCAGUUAAGCUGUGAUUGAUACUGGUCUUCAAUGCAUCUCUCUUACAUGUAUACUAAUCUUAAAAAGGUACCUCAAGUAUAUGAAAUGAAUGAGCGUAACAUUUCGCCACUUCCGUCAAAAAUGGUUGAAAAUAAAAUGCAUCUUUAUGACAUGAAUAAUUAUUGGGAAACAUUAGCAUUACUGUGACGUUAUCGCAUUGUUCUUUUAAGCACACUUAAAUAAUGUUGCACCUGAGGUGCUGCCAUCAGGUCAGUCAUAAAGAGUUAAACAGUAGUCAUUCCCAAAAGCUGGCCCUGGAUGUACUUCCAGCAGUCCAAACUGUAAGCUGGUUCAUAGGACAGCAUGUGAAAUCUGUCACUUUUCCCCUGCUGAAAUUUUAAAGAGACUACUCUCCUGCUGCUAAAAUAGUCUUCCUCUUUCUUCUGAGCAGCCUGUUAUUGCAGUUUUGUUCUGGUGUGUUAAAUGAAUGUGCUUUUCCCUUGUCCUUGUGAACCAAUGACUGGUAAGAACACUAAUCAUGAUUGUUAUUUUUUUUUUCCCACAUCAAACUAAAUGCUGGAUUUUUCUUCCUUGAAUGUCUUAACACUGUAAAAUUCAUGCCAUGACUAUUUAUUUAAUCUUAUAUGGUAUGAAUUGAGUGGUUCUUUAUAAAAGUUACAUCUAAACCAUCAA